AAUUGUGAAACCAUUAUCUAUGGUUUUAAUAUACGUUAGAUUAUCUAUGUACGUUAGUUUGGUUCAUAGAUAAUAGAUAUACAAAGGGUUUGGUUAGUUAACAAUAAAGAACUUGUAAUGUGAAUGUAGCAUGAUGUAAAUUAACUAUAUUAUUAUAAUUAACUUACUGAGAAAAGGGAGAAAAUCUACGAAGUAGCAGAUUACAUUAUAAUGACGGAAGAAUUAAACGAGUGUGAAUUGGGGACUCGAGAGUAUUGGGAUAAAAGAUAUGAAGAAGAAAUUCGCAAUUAUAAUAGCCAUGGAGAUGUGGGAGACAUUUGGUUUGGAGAGGAUAUAGCUGAUAGAAUUGUGAAAUGGAUGGAAAAAAAUACUUCCAAACAAGCCACAAUUGCAGACGUUGGAUGUGGAAAUGGUAUGCUUCUUGUAUAUUUAGCACAAAGUGGUUUUGAAGAUUUAAGUGGUUUUGAUUAUUCUGAAUGUGCAAUUCAUUUAGCUGAACAAGUGAUGAAGAAAAAUAAUUACUAUUUUAAACUAGUCCAAUGCGACAUUCUUAAAAGUCAUGGUUUAUGUUCUAAUUUUGAUGUGAUUGUGGAUAAGGGUACUUAUGAUGCUAUUAGUUUAAUGAAAGAUGCAAAAAAAAAUAGAACGGUGUAUAUUGAGAAUAUGUAUGAAUGUCUUAAAAACCAUGGAUUUUUGUUAUUAACGUCUUGUAACUGGACUAAGGAAGAAUUAGAAGAACAAUUUUUAUCAAAGUUUACAGUUCAUUGUGUCAUUCCAACACCACAAUUUAAAUUUGGAGGAAAAGUCGGAAGUAUUGUUUCAGUUGUUGUUUUUAAAAAGAAACAUGCUUAAUUUAUUUAAUUUUUUUUUUAUUGCUUAUUAAUCAGCUUCCCACUUUUUCAAAUGUGAAACUGAAGUUUUUUUCUUGUAAUCGGAUGAAACGUCAAAGAAUAAGGUUAUUUUAAUAAAUAUUUAAAAAUCCAA